GAUAAUACACUGUAGUACAGCACAGACGAAGCUUGCAGUUCAUAUAUAAAAGGAGGUGGGACUAAUCAAAUGUUCUCUUCAAUUGUUAUCAGCAAGGCAGUACGAAGAGAGUGUACUUCAUCCAGCUGCGAAGAAGACGGCAAAUUGUGAGUGAAUGUGAAGCACCUAGACUCAAUUGGACAGAUCGACUGUGAUUCUGUCGGGGCUGUGAUGUGGAAAUGUGAUUGAGAGCUUGCGAAUAAAUUUGUGAAAUCAGUUCACCGUUGGACGAAGUAGUAUUCUGCUGUAGUGUAGUGCGGUUUCGCGGGUUCUGUAGUGAUAGGGAAAGUCUAGCAAUGGAUGUAGUGUAUACCUCGGAUAGCUGCGACAGUGAUUCGCGCGAACAGAAAACUGCCGACUUUGGGCAUGCCAAUAAGCGCCAUCUGGACGAGGAUUUGCUGCGCAUGUGCAAAACCAAGAAGCUGGCCAAAGACAUCGAAACGUUGCUCCUAAAUCACAACAGCCUCUCGAUCGUACCGGCAUCCAUCGGUGAAUUCGAGAACCUACGUGUGCUGGACCUUAGCAACAAUAGCCUGGAGCAGAUACCGGAAGCGAUAACGCAACAGUGUCAGCUGACGACGUUAAUUGCCAAAAAUAAUCUGCUUACCAAUAAAUCGCUACCCAAGACGCUGCGAUCGUCGCAUGGAGGUGGCUUGAAGGAACUCAACUUGAGUGGAAAUCGCUUCACGCACUUCCCCGAACAGGUGAUCGAACUCAAGUCGCUGAAGUAUCUCUACCUAGGAGGCAAUCAGAUCACCAAUGUUUCGAAGGACAUCUGGAAGCUGCACAACUUGCAGCUUCUUUCGCUGGGCGGGAACCUGAUCACGGAGAUCCCGGACACCGUCGGACUGCUCAAUAAUCUCCACGCUCUCGUACUCUGUGAUAACCUGAUCGAGGCGCUGCCGAGCUCGAUCGCUCGUCUGGUGCAUCUCAAGUCGCUGCUUUUGCACAAAAAUUGUCUCAAACAUCUGCCACGUGAAAUCAUUACGCUGAAAAAUCUAACCGAGCUCAGUCUACGUGACAACCCGCUGGUCGUGCGUUUCGUAAAGGAUAUGACCCUUAAUCCACCCACCCUGCUGGAACUGGCCGCCCGUUCAGCGAAAAUCGCUUCAAUACCCUACGGUCCGGAGGAUCUGCCUCGGUCACUGAUUGACUACCUGCAGACGGCCAACUGCUGUGUUAAUCCCAACUGCCAAGGAGUAUUCUUCGACAACCGUGUGGAGCACAUCAAAUUUGUCGACUUUUGCGGCAAAUAUCGUAUUCCUCUGCUGCAGUAUUUGUGCUCCUCCAAAUGCAUCAAUGACACCAAAUCGACGGAUGUUUACGGUGAGCCCAGCAGCAGCAUGAUGCGGAAGGUAUUGCUCGGGUGAUUUUGGUCAACACGUCUUCUUUGUUAAUAUCGCAGCGACGACGAGGGUUUGUAUUCUGUCUCUCGUUGUCUCUUGCUUGUUUAUGUGGUCCUAUCCAUGGUGGGUAUAGCAGCUUUGUCACUAUAUGGACGGGAAGAUCGCGGGGGGAAAGUGCGGUUUUAGAGCAAAUUGUAAACAAACUCGGUCGCUGUCCCAUACAAAAAACCAACAUGGCUGAAUCAUGAAUUUGACACACUAGAACACCUAUAUGUAGUCACCUUGGUCCUAUCCUCUAUCAUUAGGUAUAUAUGUAGAAGGUUUACCUUAACGAAGCCGGAUACAAAUAUUGUAAAACAAUAUUACAAAGCAAACUAUUUACAAAUCCACAUCGGCAAUCUAUAGAAGUUGACGCUCUAUGCUUCAAGAACGUUUUUUUUUUAAUUUUCUACAUUGUGAUCUGCUCUUAGAGCAUUCGAACUCCAGUUCGAUUUUAAACACUAUCUACUAGCGAAAUAGAGUGAAAUACAUUGUGC